AUGGCUGCAAAGUCUCGAGUUACCCAGAUGGAGAAGCCUUCGCCCAUUGUUGUGUCGGCCUUGACUCUCUGCAAUUCUGUGCCCUCGACUCCGCCGACCCCUACCGUGAUCACGUUCGACGAUUGCCCAGAGAAGAACCCCUACAAAUGGCCGUUUCCCAAGAAACUCUACGUUUUCAUCUUUGCCCUCUUGUCCGUCAUGAAUAGCGCUCUUGCCUCGUCGCUUCCCAGCAAUGCCGUCCCUUAUAUCAUCGACGAUUUCAAGGUCCAAAACAAGCACGAAAGCAGUCUGCCCACUGGUAUCUUUCUGCUAGGAUACGUCGUUGGUCCUGUGCUCUGGAGUCCACUGAGCGAAACGAUUGGACGGCGUCCCGUUCUGCUGUAUAGCUUUGUUGUGUUCUUCUUGUUUACCCUGGCUUCUGCUCUUGCUCCCAACUGGCAGUUGCUCCUUUUCUUUCGCUUCGUUUGCGGGAGCAUGGGCGCGUCUCCUCAGACUGUUGUUGGAGGGGCUUAUGCGGAUAUCUACGAGGCUCGGGCACGCGGCAUAGCGAUGGCAUUCUACAUGGCUGUAGCAAGCUUUGGACCUAUCAUCGGACCCAUUAUUUCCGGCUUUGUGUCCCAGUAUGGAUGGCGAUGGUGCUUCUGGGUAGAUCUGAUAUGUGCAGGCGUCACAUUAGUCGGACUCAUCUUCUUACCAGAGACGUUUGGCCCGGUGAUUCUUAAGCGUCAUGCCGCCGAGCUGAGCAAGAAGCUCGGAAAAGAGAUAUCAGCCCCCGUGUCCAAGUUCGACAAAGACCUCAAGACCAUUUUUCUACGACCGCUGUACAUGUUGAUCUUCGAGCCGAUUAUCCUCUUCACAUCGAUAUACGUUGGCAUCGUCUACGCGCUCGUCUACUUCUACUUCCAGGCCUACCCUAUAAUCUUCCCCGAGAUUUACAACUUCAGCAUCCAAACGACCUCCUUGACACUCCUCCCACUUGGUAUUGGCGCCGCCUCGACCGCACUGGUGGCAAUAGCCUGGGACUCAAAGUACACUUCCGCUCUCUUAAACGAAAAACGCCGAAUCUGCUUCCUCCCCGUAACAUUCAGCCCGGAAACGCACCGCCUCCCAAUCUCCUGCAUCGGCAGCAUCGCAAUCACAAUUUCGCUCUUCUGGCUUGCCUGGACCGCUGCGCCAUCCAUCCACUGGAUCGUCCCCGUCCUCUCGGGCCUCUUCUUCGGCUUCGGAUACCAGUCCAUCUUCACCUCGCUCCUCAUCUACGUCACGGACGCGUACAAGAUAUACUCGGCGAGCGCGCUGGCGAGCUCCGUGAUCGUGCGCAGUAUGCUUGGUGCGGCGCUCCCGGUCGCUGCCAAACCAAUGUAUGCGGCUCUUGGUGUUGGCUGGGCAACGUCUCUUGUUGGGUUCGUGAGUGUUGCUUGUGUGCCGAUUCCGUAUGUGUUGUUUUGGAAGGGGUCGUGGGUGAGGAAUAGAAGCGCGUUUUGUCAGAUGCUUGUUCGGGAUGAGCGCGAGUCUGAGUCUGAGUCUCGUGGGAAUAGGAUGGAGUCUGGAGAGUGUUAG